CUUGGGGGUUUUCUGCCGGUGUUUGAGAUUUAACAAAGGAAUCACCGGCUGAACGCUACUGCAGUACAGGUUCCAAUGGCAUCUCAUAAGGAAUCAAAAUGUCCUGAAGGAUCAACAAGUAAGCAUGUAAUUAAUGGAGCUGGAGCUCCCCAAGCACAAUGGGGAAGAGCUUGGAAAGUUGACUGGUUUUCCCUGUUGUCUGUCAUCUUUCUACUCCUGUUUGCACCCUUCAUUGUAUAUUAUCUUAUAAUGUCAUGUGAUCAGUACAAUUGCUCCUUAACUACUCCAGCCAUUGACUUUUUUACUGGGAAAACCCACCUCUCGAAUAUCUGGAACAGGAUGCCAUCAUUAACCUGGACAGCUGUGAGCCUCUAUAUCUCUUGGGUACUUUUUCAGGUAGUUUUGUACAUGCUUCCUGACUUUGUCCACAAGUUAAUUCCUCGCUAUCGAGGAGGAUUACAAGAAGGCACAGUGACGCCUGCAGGUGUUAUACUCAACUAUGAGGUCAAUGGACUUCAAGCCUGGCUUAUCACACAUGCAUUGUGGUUUGCAAAUGCGUACCACUUCCACUGGUUCUCACCUACCAUCAUUUUUGACAACUGGAUUCCACUCCUAUUGUGUGCAAAUAUUCUGGGCUACACAGUAUCUAUAUUUGUAUUUGUGAAAGCCUACUGGUUCCCCACUAACGCAAAAGACUGCAAAUUCACUGGUAACUUCUUCUAUGACUUCAUGAUGGGGAUUGAAUUUAAUCCUCGUUUAGGAAAGUGGUUUGACUUCAAACUGUUUUUCAACGGUCGCCCAGGCAUUGUAGCAUGGACUCUUAUUAACCUCUCCUAUGCAGCUAAACAAAAAGAAUUGUAUGGUCAAAUAACAAAUUCUAUGAUUCUCGUCAAUGUCCUACAGGGUCUAUAUGUCUUAGACUUUUUCUGGAAUGAAGCCUGGUAUUUGAAAACUAUUGACAUCUGCCAUGAUCAUUUUGGAUGGUACCUAGGCUGGGGAGACUGUGUUUGGCUUCCUUACACCUAUACUCUGCAGGGAUUAUACUUGGUCUACCACCCUGUUCAGCUUUCCACAGGUAACGCAGUUGGGAUUCUGCUAUUGGGACUAGUGAGCUACUAUAUCUUCAGAAUGACCAAUCAUCAGAAAGAUCUCUUCCGUCGCACAGAUGGCAACUGUAAAAUCUGGGGGACAAAGCCUAAAUAUGUUGAAUGUUCCUAUAUGUCGGCAGAUGGGACUAAAUACUAUAGCAAAUUGUUAAUUUCAGGAUUUUGGGGAGUGGCCCGCCAUUUUAACUAUACAGGAGACUUAUUGGGGUCCCUGGCAUACUGCCUGUCUUGUGGCUUUGAGCAUAUCCUACCUUACUUCUACAUUAUUCACAUGACUAUUCUUCUGGUCCACCGCUGCAUUAGGGAUGAACACAGAUGUUCCAGCAAGUAUGGCAAGGACUGGAAGCAGUAUUGUGAUGUAGUAUCUUAUCGGCUAUUUCCAGGUGUUUUUUAAAUCCCUAACCUUGGAUGCUGGGCAUAAAGAAUAUGUUUGAACCCCACCCUGUUUUUUUCAACAGAACAAGUUUUGGACACCUCCAAAUAAAUUUGGCUAUUUUGAGAUCCAAAUCUCAAGACUGUUGUGCCACUAAAAUGUUCUUUUUAAAAAUGUGAGGGAUGACUUUCUUAUAACAAUAUUUUCUUUGUUGCUGAUUUACCCACCCCCACCUGUCACACAAAACGCCUACUAACUGAAGAUCAGUGAAGACUUGUUUGUAAUAAUAUGGGUCCAAUACCAACUGAAAUGUCUCUUGCUUCAUCUCCACUAUAAUGAAUGGAAGCUGUGCCCAAGCUAAACUGGUAUUUCACAACUUCUGUUGUUAACUUAAACUGCCAUUGAAAAAGUACCACUUGCAGCAAUGGAAACUGAAGGCUAGUGUGAGACUGCAGUGGCCUGACAACUGCCUUAAAAUGGGUCUUGUAUUCAAAUUUGUACUUGUACUUAAAUUUUUGGGUGAAUUAGUUAAGAGGUUUUAUAUAGCAUGAUAAAGACCAUUAAAUACAGGAGGAAAUAGUUUACCGUUCUGAGAACUAGGUUCCUUGUUUACUAGGAACUACUUAAACUGAUAUGCUUAUGCAGGUUUUUCCCACUUUAAGAGUCCUCUUUUAUGUGGAACUCCACAGCUCAGACUUGGGAAGAACUAGCUAGGAUCUGAGAUAGUAGGCAUCAAAUACAGAUCUUUUCUAGAGCUUUCUUCAUUAAACAUGCUGCUUAAAAUGGAUUGAAUCUAAAGGAAAGUUCAUUUGCAGAAGAUAUAACUCUGGGCUAUAAUGUGAUCCUGAGAGCUAGCUAUACACAAGGGGAAAUGUGUACAUUUUUAAAAGUUAAAGACCCAAUCACGUUGUAUCCUGCCUUCACCAACUUUGAUUACAGUUAAAACAGCAGUGUUUUGUACUCAUUUUGAAUGCAGUAGGCUGGAAUGGAGUAUUCAAAAUUCCAAACUCAAAAGAGGGAGCAAGAGGGAAGAAUGUAAAUACAGUUAAUAUAACUGCCAACUGGUUCAUCCAAUUUUACCUGUGACCAUGUUUUGUAAAAAAAAUAAAACACAA